AUGCCAGCGGCUCUCAUGCUCCGAGCCUGCACGAGGCUCAAGUCCUCUGUGACGGCGCAGACAUGGACACGAAGAGCAGCAUUUCUCGCAUUGCGACAAAACACGAGCAGGAACCGAUCGAUAUUCACUCGAACAUAUCAUCUCGAAGCACAGUCGUCAUAUCCAGAAGAGGGCACUCAGAUAUUAUCACAAUUGCGACUUCGCAAAGCACCUUCGAACCCCUCAGAUACCAGUACAGUCGAAGAUACGCAGGGUUCUCAGACAUGGUCUGGCUCGCAACGGAGGCAUGAACGAGACGAGCACAGCUCUCAUGGACACAAUUAUAAACAAGAAGCAAGAAAAAUAAACAAAAGCCCCUCGAAGGCUUCACCAGGCGCACGCUUCUAUCAGAAUAGACCACCCCGCGAUCCAGAAUCCAUUCGAAAAGCUGCUGAAUAUCGUCAAAAAGCCAAAGAAAGAGAGAAGAAACGGAGGGAAAGGUACGAUCAGUGGGGAUAUCUGCGUCAUCAAUACUCCAGCGACGAGCUGAUCGCUGUCAAAAAACAAUUCAACUUCUGGAAUUCAAACCUGGAUUCGAUUGAAGCCCGAACUAAACCAAAAAUAUCGUCAUGGCUAGAUGAUGGGAAAUUUCUUUUCGAACUGGAGAGCUCCUCGGAUAUGGAGAAUGCCUGGCACGAACUUGAUGUUGAAUCCAGGGAGAAGACAUGGCCGUGUGUAAUGCUGUCGACACUUUACUCACGCCCGGACAAGGCGAUUCAAGUGCUUGAGGCCACCUUGGAUCCUUUACCACCCGGUUACGCAAUGGCUGGUGUUGCUCGAUUUUGCAUCUCUGCUCUGGAUCUUAAAGAUAUCAAAAUAAUGCGCGAUCGUGUUACAAAAGCCGAUGAGGUGCUGGAGCUCUUUGCCAAACUGGUCGAGGACAUUCCAUCUGGCCAUGUACCGUUUCGCCAAAGUACCCUAGGUCUUGUUGCUGCAAAGUUGCCGAUUGAGCAAACAGCAGAGAUGUUCCAAAUCCUACAACGAUCGGAAAUCAGGUUACAUCGGAAUACGCUCUUGAAGUUUGCCGACAAGCUUGCACGCAGCCAUGAGCACAAAGAACAAGCCUUCCAGAUUCUACGGAACAUCGCCGAUGAAGGCCAUGACUUGAACUCGCCGUCCAUUGCGAGCGUUAUCACUACGUUGUUGCAUACCCAACCAUCAGCACACUCAUGGUCCGACUCGGAAGGUGCCUUUUCACCUCAACGUGCUAUGGAGUAUUUCCUUGAACAUGGAUUUUCUCCCAACUUGGUCAGUUUCACAGCUCUAAUUUCAUCUCUUUGCUUUCAGGGCGACAUCGAGGAAGCUGUUCGGCUUUCACUAUUGCUGGCAGAGAACGGCGCUGAGCUUGACAGCCGAUGCUAUACCACUGUGUUCAGAGGGGCCAAAAAUAGCCUCAAAGCGUCUAAUGUGCGACAAGCCCUGGAUGUUGCUCGAGCUGCAAAAGUACCACACAUCGAUGUACUCAACAACACGCUGCAUUCCAUCUUCUACUUUGCAGAGAUGGAAAGCCGCGAUAAGAGGUACCCGGCGCCAUAUGUUGUCCCCGUCUUUGGACCCAUGCUUCGUAUCUAUGCCAAGAAGUUCGACCUGGAACCUCUACAGUGGCUUUUACCUGACACUUUGCCCCUGCUUCUCAGUCAAGAAAACAUGGACGGCAAUGAAAAAUUCAUGCACAACCCACACAGAGAGUGGGAAUUCAGGAGCGCAAUUCUCCCUGUUGCGAAUGAAUUCUUUGACGGCACUGCUGGCCCUCUUAGGAAACCCAGCAUGCAGACGCUGGCAAUAAUGAUGCGAGGAUACAUCAAGACACUGCACCGACCUUACGACUUAAUGUCUUUCUACACUUGGUUCAAAUCACGCUUAGAGGAGCGUGGGACUGAAAGGAAUUUGGCUCAACAGUUGGUCAAGGAACAGGGAAGCAUCGUCCACGAUACACUGAUUCUGGUCAUGCUAGAGCGAAAGGUUCUCCUCCGCCCAGCGCUGCAAGUAUUUGGAGAUAUGCUUCGCGAUUCGUUAAUCGCCAGGCCUCCAGAAGACGGUACACAGGAGGAAGUCUUGGACGAAAACUUUCCUGUCCACCCGUCACCGAAUUUAUUCACUUUCAGCAUUCUCCUCCAUGGGCUUCUCAUGCGAAGGGAGGUAAUGCUGGCAGAACAAGUUCGACAAGCUUUGCGAGAGCACAACCUGGAACCCAACAUUGUCACCUGGAACACGCUUGUUAAGGGCUACGCCUCAAUGCAGGACCUGUCUCAGACAGUUGGCACACUACAAGACCUCGAGGCCGCUGGAUACAAACCAGACAUGCACACAUUCAAGGCAUUUGCCAAGCUGAAAGAUCAAACUCGGGCAUUGGAAAUGAUGGAAAAGAUCAUUGAUGAAAACAGGAAGAGGCUGGAAGAAGAGCACCAGCCUCAGUAA